GCCUUCCAAGAAGCGCAGAGCGCAUGGCCAGUGGGCAAUAGGAUUUGCUUGCCUCAGAUCUCGUCGACUCGUCGUCAAGGCAAGCCGCUGACCCACUGUCCAUCGCUCAUAACGCGUUUGGUUGGUUGAUGUCUUGAUGAUCCCUUGUUAAUCUACUCUAUAUAAGAGUGCUGCGGCCCGAGCAAUCUCCUUCACAUCAAACGCUCCAUCAAUCAGCGGCCACCCAAUUCGCCUCAGUUGAUCCGCCGAUCGCGACAGCUUAGCCAAAUUACUCUUCAGUGGCAGAUACAUCGCCGCGGCAGGCAAUGAAGCAAAAGAUGGUGGUCAAGGUGAGCAUGCCGUGCGAGAGGAGCCGGUCCAGAGCCAUGGCGCUGGCCGCCAGAGCAGACGGGGUCAUCUCGGUGGCGAUCACCGGCGACGCCAGGGAUAAGCUGGAGGUGGUCGGCGACGGCGUCGACCCGGUCUGCCUGGUCAGCUGCCUGCGCAGGAAGGUCGGGCCCGCAGAGAUCCUGCAGGUGGAGGAAGUGAAGGACAAGAAGCCGGAGGAGAAGAAGCCUGAGGAGCCGAAGCCGCCGCAGCCCAUGGUGGUGCACCCACCGCCGCACGGCUACUACUACUACCACCACCCGCCGCCGCCGAUGGUCGUCUGCGAGGAGCCAAGCAGUUGCCCCAUCAUGUAGAGUUACUUUGCAGUUUGUAGCUGAGAUAAAUAAGAACUGUACUUCUUUGUAAAGAAAAUGGAGGGAGCUCAAUAAUUUUGUGCAGAUAAAGAGAAGUGACAUCUUUGAGGUCUCAAUUGAUUUUCA